GUCAAAUCUACAACGACAUUCCCUUUGCGACAACGAGCGCAGUGCUACCGUUCUCGCAGCUAAAGGGACGCAACAAGCCGACCUUCGAACGGCGACGGUGCAAUUCCUUAUUUCUUCGUCGUAUGCUGGCGACCCCUCCCUCCCCCGAAUACGUAUACCAUCCACCUAUAUCACGGAAUUGGUACACCUUGCGAUAUGGAGAAGAAAGAUGAGGAUCUUGGGGCGGUCAAAAUGGACCGUAUGCAGGUGUUGCAAGAGGCACGGAUUUUUAAUACCAGCCCCGUGAGCCCAAGACGCUGUAGAGUCCUUCUCACGAAACUCUCGCUCCUCCUCAUGCAGGGAGAAGUUUACAACUCCAACGAAGCCACCAAUUUAUUCUUCGGUAUAUCGAAGCUCUUCUCUAGCAAGGAUCCAAGCUUAAGGCAAAUGUCUUAUGUGGUCCUAAAGGAGUUGACACGAUCUGCCGAAGAUAUCAUCAUGAUCACAUCUAGUAUUAUGAAGGAUAUGGCCGUAAGCAGUGACGUAAUAUACCGCGCCAAUGCUGUUCGUGCCAUUAUUCGGGUUAUUGAUGGCUCGACUGCCCAAGCUAUUGAAAGACCUCUAAAGACAGCUUUAGUUGACAAAAACCCAAGUGUGUCGACCGCCGCCCUGGCAUCCAGCUACCAUCUGCUUCCAAUUGCGAAGGAUCUUGUUCGAAGAUGGACAAAUGAAAUUGCCAGCGCUAUCGAGGGCGGGAAAAGUACUGGGGGAAUGUUCAGCUUUGGAGGAAGCUCGGCUAUGGUACCACCUCAAUCGAGCUAUCAGGCCCAGUACCUCGCCAUUGGUCUCCUUUACGAGCUGAGAAGGACGGAUCGAAUGGCUCUUGUCAAAAUGCUUCAGCAAUACUCGCAACCCGGCGCGAUCAAGUCAGCUCCUGCAACUGUGAUCCUUGUUCGACUUGCAGCCAAACUCGCAAACGACGAACCAUCCAUGAAGACGCCGAUGAUGACUCUACUUGACAGUUUUCUCAGACACAAGAGUGAAAUGGUGAACUUCGAGGCAGCGAAAGCGUUGAUAAACUUCCCGGAUCUACCAGAUGCGCAGGCACAAAACGUUAUCCACGUCCUUCAGUUGUUCCUGACAUCACCCCGCAACGUAACCAAAUUUAGCGCAAUCAGACUUCUCAAUACCUUUGCGCAAUUCAAGCCGGAGGCGGUCAGGGCAGCUAACCAGGAUAUUGAAAGCCUAAUAACAAGCUCGAAUCGUUCUAUCGCGACAUUCGCAAUUACAACUUUGUUGCGAACUGGCACAGAAAGCUCUUUAGAUAGACUCCUCAAGCAGGUGACAAGCCUGUUGAGCGAGACUGAAGAUUCUCUAAAGGUCACUGUCGUCGAAGCUAUCCGCACUCUCGCACUGAAAUACCCAGCGAAGCAAGCUGCAAUGGCAACCUUCCUAGGAACUUCGCUCCGUGAGGAAGGUGGUUUUGAAUACAAACGCGCGAUAGUCGAGGCGCUUUUCGAUUUGAUAAAAUUCAUUCCCGAGUCGAAAAAAGAUUGUUUGGCAAUUCUCAGCGAGUACAUCGAAGAUUGCGAGUACUCUAAGCUUGCAACAAGAAUCCUCCACCUCCUUGGUCAGGAAGGGCCUCUUUCUGACUCCCCAUCCAAGUUCAUCAGGACCAUUUACAACCGCAUAAGUCUUGAGAAUGCAGUCGUGCGAGCUGCAGCGGUUCAAGCUCUCGGAAAGUUCGGCCUCAGCAAUCCUGAGCUUCGAGAAAGCAUUCGGGUUUUGCUCACCCGCUGUCUCGGAGACACUGAUGACGAAUGCCGAGAUAGAGCUGCACUGAACUUAAGAUUGAUUGCCGACUCUGAGGAUCAAGAGAUGGCCAAGCGCUUUUUGAGGAAUGAUUCCAUGUUCUCCUUACCAGUGCUUGAGCAUCAACUGGUCAUGUACGUCACAGCUGAUCCCGAAACCUUCAAGCAGCCUUUCGACUUGAGCAAAGUCCCUGUCGUCAGUAGGGAUCAAGCGGAUGCUGAGGAGAGGACGAAGAAACUUACCGCGGCUACUCCUACGCUUAAGGCACCUUCUGCUGGACCUAAAAGCUCGAAACCAAGUGCCGAGCAGAGCGCCGCUGCUGCCAAUGCAGCACAACAAAAAUAUGCCGAAGAGCUGCAGCGCAUUCCGGAAAUUGCGGCAUACGGCAAUUUGCUCAAAUCAAGCUUGCCAGUCGAACUCACAGAAUCGGAAACGGAGUAUGUUGUCUCGGUUGUCAAGCACAUUUUCAAAGAGGCAGUUGUCCUACAAUUCGAUAUCAAGAAUACUUUGGAUGCCACGGUACUUACAGAUGUUACCGUUGUCUCAACGCCAGUAGAUGAAGAGGAAUCUGCCUUUGAAGAGGAUUUCAUCAUCCCAGCUGCCGCCUUGAAGACGAAUGAGCCUGGUGUUGUGUACGUGGCAUUCAAGAAGACUGGAACUGCGUUCGCCGCUUCAACAUUCUCGAAUAUACUCAAGUUUACAAGCAAGGAAAUCGAUCCAACGACUAAUGAGCCAGAAGAGGCGGGUUACGAGGAUGAGUAUCAGGUGGAAGACCUAGAUCUCACAGGCGCAGAUUACGUUGUCCCCGCAUAUGCUGGUUCGUUCGAGAACGUGUGGGAACAAUCGAAUGGUGAGGAGGCUUCAGAAACGCUCCAGCUGAGCAACAUGAAGAGCAUAGCAGAGGCAGUUGAACAACUAGCCAAGGCUUUAUCUCUACAACCACUCGAGGGCACCGAUAUUCCAAUGAAUACAAGCACGCACACACUCAAGCUCUAUGGCAAGACCGUUACUGGCGGCAAGGUGGCUGCCAUGGUUCGAAUGGCUUACUCCGCAAAGACUGGGGUUACCGUGCAGAUUAAGUGCAGAUCAGAGGAGGAGGGCGUCGCACCGUUGAUCAUUGGCAGCGUUGCUUAAACACUUGUGUGGACAAUGGCGGAUGUUCAUGAUCAGCAUUUGCAAUAACGAAAGAACGAUGCAGCCAUUAGAGAUGGCGCCGGGGCAUACAUAGGCGUCAAAAAUGGAAAGGGUUGAUAGUUUAUAAUCACAGAAAUAUUCCAGUAGCUGAGAACCAAGUAAGAAAAUCUGAACAGUAAGGCCUUAUGUGUAUCACGCAUUUUGAGCUCUAAUUGCGAAAGUUGAACUGGCAAUUCAUUAGGGUGAAGUCUGUGCGUCGCUUUAGGUUGCCGAUGAUUCCGCGAUAGAAUUACAGUGCUU